CGGUGCCGCCGGAGCCGGGCAAUUUAUGAGGAAUCAAAGAUGAACUUGGAGCAGGAGAGGCCUUUUGUCUGCAGUGCCCCAGGCUGCUCACAGCGUUUUCCAACAGAGGAUCAUCUGAUGAUUCACAGGCACAAACAUGAAAUGACUUUGAAGUUUCCUUCAAUAAAAACAGAUAAUAUGUUAUCAGAUCAGACUCCUACACCAACACGCUUUCUGAAGAACUGUGAGGAAGUGGGCCUCUUCAACGACAUCGACUGCUCCCUGGAGCACGAGUUUAGGAAGGCACAAGAAGAAGAGAACAACAAAAGGAAUAUCUCCAUGCAUAACACAGUUGGAGGAGCAAUGGCAGGACCUGGAUCUCACCAGCUGGCAAACACAAGGAUGCCAAACCACGACACCAGCGUUGUGAUUCAACAAGCCAUGCCAUCUCCACAGUCCAGUUCUGUCAUUACACAAGCACCUUCCACAAAUAGACAGAUUGG